CCUACAAAAUAUUCAGUAAUAAUAACAGUCUGCAAACUGCAAGAUUCCACAAAAGGAAUUUGUAGUUUUUGGAAUGGCGCUUUGCCCCUACUUAUCACCAACCGUACUCUUGCCUUCAAGUCCCCUAGAGUCCAUCCUGUACUACAUCAACCCUCCCCCCAUGCCUCACAUCUCCCUGUGCCUUCAUUUGAGUUCCUUGCAACCCUGUUCCAUCCGUCUGCCCAGAGAAAAUAUUCUAUUCCCACCUCCUCCGCAGCUUGCUACAGUUCCCGCUCAUCCCAAUCACACCGCCGGGCAGCUCUGCACCGUUUACCAGUUACCCACAAGCUUAUGUUUCCUAACCACGAUCCCAUCUCAGUGUGCGCCCUGUCCUAAAGUUUAUUUAUCAGUUCCCACAAUCCCCCUUUACAACAGCCCCCACCCCAGCACUCCGAUAUGAAGACUGCCAAUAGCAACAUGGCGUCCCAAAGCUGUAUUUCGCACUCCCACCUGCCCUCUGCGGCCCAGCUCAUUUCUCUACCCGUAGCAAUUUGACUACCCAUAGUAACGCAGGCUAAAAACUAUCAUUCUUUGAAAUUCACAAAGCCGGAAGGCCGCAAUCAGGAUUUAGAACAACCCCUUCCGGGCACUUGGCCACACUAAAUGACGUCACACGUGACGUUCUUCAGUCCGUCCCAAAGAGAACGACUAGCUGUUGCUGUGGCAACGAGACGCUACAGCGCACUUAUUAGCAGCGCUGAUAAACAAUCGUCAACUCUAGCACCAACCUCUCUCUGCUUCUGUUGAAAGAAACUUUGUCGUCCUAACAGGACAAAACCAUGUCCCUAGCUGGGUCACUCGCAUUUACAGCAAGAAAAUCACAACAUCAAGCUGAAAGUGUUAUAAAGAACAUCAUUCGGGAAAUUGCCCAGGAAUGUGCGGUGAAGGGACAUACGGUGUCUGAAACAUUGGUGGCUUUUGUGGUUAAAGCUGUUGUUCUUGAUCCAAGAAAUGGAUUCAAUGUAGACAGAACACUAACAAAAAAUGAUGUGCAGAAGCUCAUAAAGCUUUGCGUGGACAGACUGCUUGAUCCAAGAAGCCCUUCUAUUGAAACAAUCAAGAUGCAAGUGUACUUUGAUAUGAACUAUACAAGCAGAGGGGAGUUUGUGGAAGAACACCAUCGCGUCUUAGAAUCACGACUUGCUUCAGUGUGCAGGGAAAUCACAGACGCCCGGGCACGCACAGCAGAGGAACUAGAAAGCCUUUACCGCAAGAUUGUAAGCUACGUGCUGCUUCGUUCAGGCCUUGGAUCUCCUACUGAUAUUAAAGUUGUCAGGGAAGCCACAGCUGCUCUGCAGAGUGUGUUCCCCCACACAGAACUUGGUACAUUUCUGGCUCUUGUAAAGAAAGACAAGGAACGGCAGCUGAGAGAACUUACAAUGAUUGUCACCGGCAUUCGUUUGUUCAACAAGGACUGUGGGAAAGGUGGAGAAGGCAUUGAUGACCUGCCAGCUAUCCUGAAGGAGGCUAUUCCCGUCACCACCAAACAUAUUGAUUGUGAACUUCAAGCAUCUAGGGAGGUGAUAUACCGUUAUACAUCUCUUGUUGAAGCCAUGGAUGGAAAUCCUGAAAAAAGCAACCUGCUUAAUUUAGAUCAACUAAAAGAAGCUCUUUAUAGCUUAAGGCAACAUGAGGCUUUCUUGAAUAUCAUUCUGUCAGAUGUUAUCUCUUCUGCACAACAAGUGGAAAUAACAGACAAACAAUAUGGAGCACAGAUGGAGCAAUUAAAGACCACAGUUCAGUCAAAGACAGCAAUUCCCACAGUACAGGUCUAUCCACUAUUUAUUUCACUUUCUAAACUGUGGAAUAACUUCCAAGAUGAGAUUGUUUUGCUGAGCGUCUUAAGCAAUAUGACUACAAAUCUGCAGCCUUUCUUGUCACUGCAUGAUGAGCUGUUCCCUGCUCAGGUCAUUGAUCCGCUCCUCAGUGAGACAACUGUGAAAAGUGAUGAGGAAAGGAUUAAGGAAAGCACAGGUAGUCGUGUGAAUCCCUCUGACUUUGGGACUCAGGAUUGGUUUUUCCCAGAGAGCACAGGCAAUUUUGAUAGACUUCCAGUUCAGUACCAUGGGUUUUGCGGUUUUACUGUAGCUACAAAGGAUGGCCUUCUCAUACCUGGAAACCCAGAUGUUGGUGUCUUGAAGCACAGGGAGAGAUUUUAUGUUUUCAGUUCCAAAGAAGCAGCUACUGCUUUUGCUCAGGAUCCAGACCAUUACAUUGAUCUAAUUGGAGAGAAAGCCAAGCAAUGUGCUGAGCUCAUACAGUUAUUAGAGUUGCAUCAACAAUUUGCUUCCAUUACUCCUCAUUCCCAGGCUCAAUCUGAUGAAAAAGUGUUCAUAAAACCAGUCACAAAAUGCAAUAGCAGCACGCAGACCGAUACUCACUUAGUGGAAACAAACAUUGUUAAAUCCUAUGAAUGGAACGAAUGGGAGCUGAGAAGGAAAGCCAUCAAACUGACAAACUUACGGCAGAAGGUUACACACUCAGUGCAGACACAUAGCAGUCACAUGAGACGAGAGAACUUCACCCAGGUGUAUCUGCCAAAGCAAGUUGCUACUCAGACUAAAAGGGACAAUACAAGCAAUGUGCCGAAACCACAAAUCUUUCUUGCAGGGCUCCGUGGUGCAGGGGUGUCAAAACCUACAAAGAUGAUUAAGGUCAAUUUAACAAGAUCUGUUGAGGAAUCUUAAACCACAGAAUACUGUGAAAAUACAAGACAAUAAAGGCUUUUUGACAUCUCA